CUCUCUUACGUUAUGGAUUUCAUCUCUCCGCUCUCUCUCUCUCUCUCUGAAACGUCCUUUUGGUUUCAGUACGUCUGAAUAAACCUCUUUUCGUUCUCUCUUCCUUACAGCUUCUUUGGUCACACGGCCUUCUUCAUCAUCGCCAUUGCUGAGUGUUCUCUUCUACUCCUCAACUCAAUGGCUCAAAGCACGAUCAGGAAAGCGCUCGGAGCUGUGAAGGACCAAACGAGCAUUAGCAUCGCUAAAGUCGCUGGAAAUACGGCGUCGGAGCUUGAAGUUUUGGUUGUCAAGGCGACGAGCCACGACGAGGAUCCCGCCGACCACAGGUAUAUUAGGGAGAUUGUGAAUUUGUGCUCGACUUCGAAUGGAUAUGUGAGUGCGUGUGUGAUUACGAUCUCUAAACGUUUGAGUAAGACUCGCGAUUGGAUAGUUGCGCUCAAGGCGCUAGUGGUCGUGCACAGGGUUUUGAUUGAUGGAAAUUCCUCUUUUGGAGAGGAAAUUGUGUACGCUACGCGGAAAGGUAUACGAGUCUUGGAUCUGUCUAGUUUUAGAGAUGAAGCGCAUUCGAAUUCGUGGGAUCAUUCUAGUUUUGUGAGGUCUUACGCUUUGUAUCUUGAUGAAAUGGCUGAGAAUCUGGUUCUUGAGAAGAGGAUAAGAGGGAGUGAUGAUACUAACUUUGAUCGUAGAGAUGAAUUUGAUAAUGUGAGGCAGAGGAGGAGGCAGAGUCCAUGGAGGUCAAUGCGACCAGAGAGUGUAGUGGAUGAGUUGAGUCAAUUGCUUCGAAUUCUCGAUCGAAUUUUAGCUUGUAGGCCGACAGGGAUGGCCAAGAGUAGUAGAUUAGUAAUUACUGCGCUUGAUUUGGUUGUUAAUGAUAGCUUUGGGUUGUAUGUUGAGAUUUGUGAGGCAUUAGGGUAUUUGCUGGAUCGCUUUAAAGAAAUGGAAUAUGGUGAUUGUCUUAGAGCAUUUGAUGUUUGUGCUAAUGCUGCAAAGAAGAUUGAUGAACUUGAUGAAUUUUACACUUGGUGUAAGGAUGUGGGAAUUGCAAGAUCUUCUGAAUACCCAGAGGCUCAGAGGAUAACUUGUAAUCUUUUGGUCACACUUGGGGGCUUCCUAAAAGAGAUGUCAAGAAGGCCAAAGGAUUACAAUGAGAGGAGAAGGGAGGAGAAGGUGAAGUCGCUACCAGCUGAGGAGCCUGAAUGUUACAUGAAUGAGAUAAAGGCUCUUCCUCCGCUGGAGAAUUGUUCACCUACCCUGCAACCGCCUUCAAGACCAGAAGACUUGGUGAACUUGAGAGAGGAUGGAGUUUCAGCAGAUGAGCAAGGGAACAAAUUGGCCUUGGCUCUUUUCUCUGGACCCCCAGCAAAUCCUAAUGGUUCAUGGGAAACUUUCUCAUCAGACAAGCAGCCUGAAGUGAGUUCAGCGUGGCAAACGCCAGCGGCCGAGGCUGGCAAACCAGAAUGGGAACUGGCAUUGGUUGAAACUGCUAGCAAUCUGUCAAAGCAGAAGGCUGAUAUGGGCGGUGGUUUUGACCCACUGCUAUUAAAUGGAAUGUACGACCAUGGGACGAUUAGGCAGCAUGCCAAUGCCGAGCAAUUUGACGGGAGUUCGAGUAGUGUGGCAAUGAAAGGCCAAAGCAAGACUGCUGCACAAGUUCUGGCACUUCCAGCACCAGAUGGAACGGUUAAACCAAUCGGGGAUCAGGACCCUUUCGCUGCAUCGCUUACAGUGCCACCUCCUUCAUAUGUGCAGAUAGCUGAAAUGGAGAAGAAGCAGCAGUUACUUAUGCAAGAGCAGCUUCUAUGGCAACAGUACGGCAGAGAUGGAAUGCACGGCCAAGUGGGUCUGGUAAAGCUUGCUGGUGGCUCCGCCUAUAUUGGCUCAAAUCCUCAGCCAAUUGCGCCUCAGAGCUCAGCCUACCAUUAUGCUCCCUUUUGAAUUGGCCUCCAUGGUUUCUACGAAUACGAGUGACAAAGAAAAGCGUGACUAAAAUUACAUAUAUGUCAGUAGGCUUCUUUAUAUAUGUUCAACAGUUUCCUGUUUUUUGUUUUCAUUUUUAAAAAACGCCCCCAACAAGAAAUGAUUAUAUAUAUA